AUGAUGGCCGUUUCGCGAAACCGCGCCGUCGACAUUGUCGUGUCGCUGGUCGCCGAGCUCGCCGUCGCCGCGCUCAUCGCGGUUUGCACACCGUUCCUUAUACGCUAUUUCGCGCUUCCCUCGUCGAUUUAUCAUCAUUAUCCGCUCAACAUCGGCUUCCAAACAUGCGAGCACGAUCUCCACAGUGUCUGCUCGUUUCCAUCAGCAAGCUUGAGCUAUGAGCCGGGAGAAUUAUUUUCGUCGGGCGUUUCCUAUUAUUUGAAUGUUCGCCUCAAAUUUGCUGACGUUGCAACCACCAAACAAUUGGGACUAUUCCAAAAUGUGCUAUCGGUGAUUGAUGGAACCGGAAACACGCUGAAGCAAUACACAAAAACCGCCUAUAUCAAGGAGGCCGGCAUUUUGACGAAGGCAUGUUGGGUUUUCUUUUUCCCGUUCUACUUCGCCGGCUUCUUCCAUGACUACAGCUCCUUGGAGAUCUUGAUGGCGUCGGAUUACAUCGAGAAUUAUGAGCAUCAGUCGCUCAAAAUUGUGUACACACUGCAGGACAAAUUUGCGAAUGUUGAAGAAGCUGCACUUGUCGUUACCGCCCGUUUCGGACUUAUUCGACAUUUUCUUUAUUAUUGGCCGACUAUAUCGUUUGUCAUCAUUUUUGCGGCAAUGUUUAUUGGAUGUUGUUCGUUGAUUGCCGCGAAAUGGGCGAUUUUAAAUUGGUCGGCGUGGAAAGCGGAGGCGAGGUGCGAAGAGGAAGAAAAAAAUGAGCCCGACGAAAUUAGGUUUGAUGGAAAACGAAAAGAAGUGCAGCAAAAGGAAGACGGUUUCGCACCUGAUGAAUAUGUUCCGGACAACGUUAACGAGGAGCCGAAAAAUGAGAUAUUGUACACGUUGAGCGGCGAGAAUUCGAUUCGACGAAGAAAUGUUUGA